ACAGUUUCCUUGAACCAAAUCAUUAAACAGGCGUCCACUUUACCCACUGUACAGCCCUCUUCUCAUACUUGCGUUUUAGAGAGAGAAAGAGUGAGUUGGCAUUUUAGAGAGAGAGAGAGAGCAAACCUCUGCAAAGUGGAAAAUCAGCAUUUGAGAGUGAGAGAGAGCGAGGUUCUGAAAAAGUUUUCUUCAACCUCUGGACAUUCCGACUGUAGAGAGAGAAGUCCUCUCAUCAAGGUUCCCUUGAUCUCAAAAUUCUAACAUUAGAGAGAGAGAGAGAGAGAGAGAGAGAGAGAGAGAGAGAGAGAGAGAGAGAGAGAGAGAGAGGAGGGAGUAAUCGUCUGAGAUUUGGGGUUUGCCGCAUGAUUGGAGCCAAACCCUCAGCCCAGGUCUUUCUCUUACCGAAAGCCCUCCCUUUUCGAUACCAUAAAUCCAUGGCCUGCAUCAAUCUGAGCAACCGUAAAAGCUCUGGGCCUUCACAUGUAUCACUAUUUUCAGGCUUUAGAAAGUGGAAGUUGUUACAAAAGAUCAACCUUUUCUCGAGAGUUAAGAGAAACUCUGCUUCGUCAAAUGAGCAGCCAGUUAAAGGUCGGGAACAUGAGGUUGAAUCAGUAGAAGGAGGAGAAGAUAUGUGGGAUUCAGCCUCUGCUGCAGUUAAAUUUCCUGAGCAUCUCAUAAUCAUGGUCAAUGGAAUUGUUGGGAGUGCAGAGGAUUGGAAAUUUGCUGCAAAUCAGUUUGUGAAGAGGCUCCCAGAUAAAGUUAUGGUGCAUCGCAGUGAAUGCAAUUAUGCAACAUUGACCUUUGAUGGUGUUGACAGGAUGGGUGAGAGGCUUGCUGAUGAGGUAGUAUUAGUGGUUAAACAUAGACCUGGGGUUCAAAAAAUCUCCUUUGUGGCUCACUCAUUAGGUGGCUUGAUAGCAAGGUACGCAAUUGGAAGGCUUUAUGAACCCUGUCCUGAUACGCAGCUGUCAGAUGCCACUAGUAAUUCUUCAAAUGACAAACAUCUGGAGAAACCCUGCGAAGGUAGAAUUGCUGGAUUGGAGCCCAUGAACUUUAUAACAUUUGCAAGCCCUCAUUUGGGUUCGAGGGGGAACAAACAGCUCCCUUUCCUUUGUGGGCUCCCAUUUUUGGAGAGUAGAGCAUCACAAACGGCACAUUGGAUUGCCGGGAGGACGGGAAAACAUCUUUUCCUCACAGACAAUGAUGAUGGAAAGCCUCCACUUCUCCUUCGAAUGGUGGAUGACUAUGAUGGCCUGAAUUUCAUGUCAGCUUUACGAUCUUUUAAGCGACGUGUUGCCUAUGCAAAUGCGAACUAUGACCACAUGGUCGGAUGGAGAACAUCUUCGAUACGUCGCCAACAUGAGUUACCAAAGAACCAACUUCUCUCAAAAGAUGAAAAAUAUCCACAUGUUGUAUAUGUAGAGAGAGGUAAUCCUCCGAGCAUGCAUCAACAGGAGAGUUUGCAGAUUAAAAACAAAACCAUAGACUUGGAAGAAGUGAUGAUUAGAGGUCUCACUCAAGUACCUUGGGAACGAGUGGAUGUUAGUUUUCAUAGAAGUAAACAAAAAUAUAUUGCACACAGUACCAUUCAGGUGAAGACCUAUUGGUUGAAUUCAGAUGGAGCUGAUGUUGUUUUUCACAUGAUAGAUGACUUUGUUAUCUAGUACAAUUCUUGUUUGUAUUAUCAUGUAUUCUUCAUGAUUUCAUGUUUGUAAAUCCCCAAUUUACUGAAAUCUUAAUGCUUGAGUGUAUCUGGUUACAUGUAUCUUAAGGGCUUUCUUGAUUAAGUUGGCAUUGGAUUAGAUAAAACAUCAUGUGCGGCAAUACUGUGACAAUUUUGGUAUUAUUCCAUUAAUGGAUAUGAAACAUGACCCAUCUGCAUGAGCAGUUGUUUUGUCA